AUGAAGUACAUCCACUCCGAGGAAGAGCUUGAGAUCCCCGAGGGGGUGAAGGUCUCAAUCAAGACCAGGAACGUCGUCGGAAAACUGUCCAAGUCGCUCGGUCACUUGGCUGUCAGCUUCACGCACCCCAAAAAGAACCUCAUCAAGAUCGAGCUCCACCACGGAUCGCGAAAGAGCGUCGCUACCAUCCGAACUGUCCGAACACUCAUCUACAACUUUCCCAUCAACGUCAACAUCGAUAAGAACAAGGACACGGACUGCUACGAGGUUGAGAUCCGAAACUUCAUUGGCGAGAAGAUCGUCCGAAGGGUCAACAUGCGGCCCGGUGUCAACGUCGAGGCGUCCAAGUCCACGAAGGAUGAGCUCCUGCUUACCGGAAACAGCCUCGAAGACGUCUCCCAGAGUGCCGCCGAUAUUCAGCAGAUCUGCCGUGUCCGCAACAAGGAUAUCCGAAAGUUCUUGGACGGUCUGUACGUGUCGGAGCGGGGCAACAUCACAGAGGACUGAGCGGGUUGUCGUGGAGUGCGGCUUUCUUACACGGGCAUACGAGCUUCUCUGCAUUAUGGUGUGUGAACAGGCGCCUUUGGGGAUAAAGCUCAAAAAUCUUGUUCAAUAAACAAACAUCUACCUGCGUGACUACUCACAUUUCUGUGAUACCCCGAUCCAGCGCCACUUCUACAGCGAGACGAGAC